AUGGAUUUCAAUCCAACAGAACAGGUUACUUCUGGUGCAACGAAUAAUGAACAACAGGAAUUUCAACCAAAAACAGUACUGGAUAAAAAUUGCGGACGAAUUAUUUAUUUACCACUAUUUCCAACGCAAUCGACUGGCAUUAAUGAUAGUCUACUUUUGGCAAAUGUACCAGUAACUCGCCUUGCAUCUCAUGAAAUAGCACGUCGAAAAUAUGGAGCACACACGCCAGAUGCGCUCAUACUAGAAAAUAAGUACAAAUAUGUCGAUAGAUUCAGUUUGACUGAAGCAGAUGCUCACGAAUUAUCUGUACGAUUGCAAAUAGGCAAGGCCAUCAUUACUUUUAAUGCUGAUCGACUGCGUGGCAUUUGUUGUACUCUUAUGGCAUUACAUGAAUCAUUUCGACGAAAUAUUCUAUUGAAGAAAGAUGUUGCUUUAAAAGAGCCAACACUCAAUUCGAAACAAAUGGCUAUUGCAUUAGAAUUCUAUUUACAAAUCGACGUGGAUGUAUUCUUUAUGAAAACUUGCUCGUUUGGCGGAGCUGUACCUCGAUCAAUAACAGAAGGUCUCUUCUGUGGACAAGAUGAACCCCAAGCUAGAUAUACAGUACAUCCAUGUGGCAAUCUUUCUUGUUUAUGUUGUCAUCCGAUCAAUAGUUGCAAGAAAACGAAAGUCUGGCCUAUUGUUGACUUUGCUUCUAGUUCCAUGCAUCAAUUUGUUAAUGGAUACACGACUUAUCUCAAUUGUCCAGCAACAUGUGCUACAAGAAAUCUUGUCUAUGCAAUGACAUGUCCAUGUGGUCAUUAUGAUUAUAUCGAUUCAACAGCAAAAACAUUAGCAGAUGCGAUGACAUUUCAUCACAUACAUGGCAAUCGAAUUAUUCAUGAAAAAUUAACGGGCAGUACACUCUUUCGAGGUUCAUUACUCGAUCUCGACGAGCAAGAGAAACAAAUGACAAAUAAGAUGCGUCUCUAUCAACAUUCAGCACGAUGUCCAGUUGCACUUCGUUCAUUUCUAGAUUGUAAUCCAGUUUAUUGGUGUUUUAUUCCCCUGUGUUGGGACGAAGCACUAGCGGAGAAUACUAAUUGCUACCGAGGAUAUUCUGUGAGAGAUCCUGAUUUGGCAUACAUAUUCGCCACAAAUGCAACUGACACUUAUCAAAUAACCCAAUAUCUUGAUCGCGUCCCAUUACCACCGACUGCCUACACCUUUUCAUAUAGACAACUACAAAAACAACGUGCAUUUUUUCGACGUCUUAUUCUCUCAUCUAUUCAUGAUUUACCCUAUAUUACUGUGGAUUUAUAUAAAAUGGCCAUUAUUGCUGUUUUACCGGAUGAUCAUUCCAUUCUAUUACGUUAUAUUAUCGAAACCUUAUUCAUUAUACAUGCCGAAACCAAAUUGAAUAUGAUUUGUCCAGUUGGUUUUGAUGUUGAACGGCAUUAUGGUCUUCCCUAUAAUCUUGUUUGGUGUGCUCAUUUGAAUCAUUCAUCGAUAUGA